ACCCACGGUUUUAAAAGUAAGUCCUGCAUAAUCCAGUUGCUAAAAUGCUACUUGAUAAAACAAAAAUGGCGUUUGUUAUAAUUACCUUCAUCUGCAACUCGCACGCCUCUUGGAUAUUGUAAACGUAUUCUUUCUAAACAUGAAAACUAUCAGCACCUGUAUCUAGAUGCUAAAGGUACAGAGGUGAGGAAACUUAUUAAAAAAAACAGUUCAAAGUAAUCCGUUUAGGAUAAGCGUCUAAACAGAUCGGCAGCUUUUAAUGCGAACAUUUUUUUAACGCUUGCCCUGUACGUGGAUUGAUUUUUUUUUUUUUUUUUUUUUUUCCAGCAUUCCCUCAGCAGAUGGAUUUUUGCCAUUGCAGCUCAGCAGAGGGUGUCAGAUCUAGAGAGCACCAGGCUGGAACGAACAGAGCAUCUUAGCAACCCUGUUUGUAAUUCAAAAACACAAAAAGAGAGCAAGAGAAACAGAGAAAGAAACGGAAAGAUGCAAGGAUUGCGGAUUUUUUGCAAUGUAUUGUGAUCAGCAGUAAAUCUUUCAUCUGGGGCGUGAUUUCAGCACCAAGGGGGAAAGAACAGCACCUACCGAAAGCACCGCACAGAGAGAAAAACAUGAUUUUUAAAUUUUGCAAGGUCAGUCAAUAUCCAACCAAACAAAAUGUGCUUGAAGACGUUGUAUUUUUCUUUUUUGUCUACUACGUUGCUGGGUUAUGUUGUUAAAACAAAGAUGUUUGCUUAGGGUAACGUCUAUUGUGAUAUUGUGAACAAACUGUCCAUACUACAUGUCUGAACAUAGACAUGCAUGGAUAUGAUAAGUGACUAAUCUGGGAUCUUUUAGGUGGGUAACAUUUAAAAAUCACUGAACAGGCAAUGCUAUUGUAAAUUUCAUUCAUGUCUUGAAUUCGGGAAUUAAUUGUUCUUUUUGAAAAUGCUGCCUUGGAUUUUGUUGCUGAAGGCGACUCUUUGUGUUGCUAUUGGAAAUGUUACAAGGGACGUUUGUAAAGAGGGUAUCUGUUCAUGCAAUGAGAUAGAAGGCGAUUUGCACAUCGACUGCGAAAAAAGGGGAUUUUCUAAUCUGCAGCAUUUAACUGGCCCAAGUUCACAGUUCUAUCAUUUAUUGUUACACGGAAAUUCCCUGACUAGGUUGUUCCCCAAUGAGUUUGCUAACUUUUACAAUGCUGUCAGCUUAAAUCUGGAAAACAACGGUUUGCACGAGAUUGUUCCAGGGGCUUUUCUUGGACUGCAGUUAGUUAAACGACUGCAUAUAAAUAACAAUAAGAUCAGAUCCUUCAGGAGGAGCACGUUUUUGGGCUUGGAUGACCUGGAAUACCUACAAGGUGAUUUUAAUUUGUUACGGGAUAUUGACCCAGCAGUCUUUAGGGACCUAAAUAAACUGGAGGUUCUGAUUUUAAACGACAACCUUAUCAGCGCACUUCCCACUGAUGUGUUUCAGCAUGUACCAAUAACCCACCUCGACCUGCGAGGAAACAGAAUUAAAACUUUACCUUACGAGGGAGUCCUGGAGCAAAUACCAGGAAUUGCUGAAAUUCUUUUGGAGGAUAACCCAUGGGACUGCAAUUGUGAGCUCGUGUCUCUGAAGGAAUGGCUUGAAAAUAUCCCUAGAAAUGCUUUGAUCGGGAGGGUACUGUGUGAGGCCCCUACGCGAUUGCAAGGAAACGAUUUAAAUGAAACAUCAGAGCAUGAGCUGUGCCCCUUAAAAAACGGAAUUGACUCCAGUUUGAUUGCACCUCCCACAGAAGAAGAGACCAGUGACCCUGGACCUAUUCCAACCCCCUUCAAAAUAAACGGAGUAACGGUGACUCCAACUACAGCGUCUAGAAAUAAGGGGCGUCCAAAAUCACGUGGAAACUGGCAGCUGAAAACCAGACCCACAGUGAGAAUGGCAACAGUUAAUGGAAAGAAUGUGCAGUUAUAUAAUGAACAAUGCCCACUGACAUGUAGCUGUGAACUAAUUGAUUCUGAUCAGGGACUGAAAGUUAAUUGUAAGGACAGACAAUUAGAAAGUUUAGCUGAUUUAAAGCCGAAGCCUAUUAACGUCCAAGACCUGAAUCUUAGGGACAACAGUGUACAUACUAUCAAAAAAUCCUACUUCCUAGAGUAUAAAAACCUUCAUCUUCUUGAUUUGGGGAACAACGUCAUUAAGGUUAUAGAGAACAGUACUUUUCAAAAUCUCACUGAGCUGAGAUGGCUUUACAUAGAUAAGAACUACCUGGAUACCCUUAUUGCCGAAAUGUUUACAGGAUUGCUAAAUCUGGAAUAUCUCAACUUGGGAUAUAACUCUAUACAGUGUAUCAUGCCUGGCACAUUCAAGUCAAUGCCAAACCUAAGGGUUUUAAUUCUGAACAAUAACAUUUUAAAAUCGUUGCCCUUGGAUGUGUUUGCUGGUGUUACUUUAUCAAAAAUCAGCCUAAAUAACAAUUAUUUUACAUUUCUUCCUGUAACUGGUGUUUUAGACCAGCUUCUAUCCAUUAUACAAAUUGAUUUGCAUGGGAAUCCAUGGGAUUGUUCGUGUAAUAUUGUGCCUUUCAAACAAUGGACUGAAAGGCUUGGAUCAGAUGUUAUUGUGAGUGACUUAAAAUGCGAAUCCCCAGAAGAGUUCUGGACAAAGGAUUUCAGAUUCCUAAGAAAUGAUCUUAUGUGCCCGCAUCUUUAUGAAAAAAUCUUUCCCACGUCUCUGUCUAAAAACAGCACCGCUGCCGUGGAUACGGGGACUCGCUCUAAUUCGUACCUCGAAACAAGCAGAGUGUCUAUAUCUGUACUGGUUCCUGGGCUGCUGCUUGUUUUUGUCACUUCUGCAUUUACCGUUGUGGGAAUGCUGGUCUUUAUUCUUCGAAAUCGCAAAAGAUCAAAAAGAAGAGAUGCAAACUCUUCCGCGUCUGAGAUAAAUUCCUUACAGACAGUAUGCGACUCCUCAUACUGGCAUAGUGGGGCUUAUAAUGCAGAUGGACCCCACAGAGUUUACGAAUGUGGCACCCACUCACUUUCAGAUUAGAAGUACAGCUCUUAGUGGGCACAUUGAUACAGGAAGACAAGGUUCAUAAACGAUCAUAUGUACAAAGUAAUGGGUUGUCACAGAUUUUAAAAAAAAAUCGUUAAAUGCUUAGUGCUUCAUAUAAUAGCAAUGUUGGCUAGCUGUUCAUGCACCAAUUUACUGUAUUGCCGAUGAUAAAUGAUCUGAAAUCGAAGCAACUGUAAAAUAUGUAAAGACCUACUCUCAUACAAAUAAUGCUGCAACAAGGAGGGACAUCAGCCCCAUACGAAGACUCAGACAGCAAAGCUGCACGAACGCAUGAAUGUAAUGUAAAUAAGUGACAACUAUAAUCAAACUCUGCAUGACCGGCAUGAUUUCAACAAACCACUGGGACUCAUGGUCAUAUGAAAACAUUCAUCAAUGUUAUACAUCUAUAUAAAUAUAUUAUUCAAAGUGCCAAUUCUCUAUUUUUGUGGAGAACGCAGUACUACAUUUGUAUCUCUAUUGUUUUAAAUUGUAAAAAAAUCAGUAUAUGCAUGUUUUUAUAUUAUUAUCAUCAUCUGAUUGUUAAUGGGUUUCAGUAUUAAUUACGCCUCGUGAAGAUUGAAAGAUUUAUCUGACGAAGCAUCUCCAUCUGAAUGUAACAGUUUUAAUCCUUAUCGUGUGCCAAUUGUGUGUACAUUCAGAGAAGCAGAUGCAGUUAAGCAUGACCAAUUAAUGUCGCUCGAGUGCUUAUGCUGCAACAGUAAUGUUGUAAAAUUGUCCGCGCUGUUGUGUUAAUAAUAAAACAAAACGUAAAUUGGCUAAGAACAAUAUUCAAGGUUUUUAUAAUGGCAUAUUUUUUCAAAAUUAAAGUGUUUUCAACUAAAUCGACUGCUUUGGGAUUUUUAUACAACCAGUAGCAUAUUUACUUUUGUGUUACGAAUUUUAUUUUAUUUAUUUAUUUAUGUUUUAAUGUUUUUUUUUGUUUUUGUUUUUUUUUACAUGCUAAUGGAGCUAGCCUCAAGCUUUAUUGAACCCCCUUCCCAAUGAUUCACACUAGCACAUAAUGCACAUAAUUUAAUCCGAAUUAGAUUUUAGUUUUUAGGAUCCUUCUCAUUUGGCAUAACUUCACUUUCUACUGGUCAGCACUUCAGACAGAUUAGUUUUACAUUUAACUUGGUGCGUACCAAUUCAUUCAUUUUAAAUACGACUCCCACAAUCCUCAAAACUGCAUCAUCAUCAUCAUCAUCAUCAUCAUCAUCAUCAGUAUAAUAAUAAUAAUAAUAAUAAUAAUAAUAAUAAUAAUAAUAAUAAUAAUAAUAAUAAUAAUAAUAUAGUAUGUUAAUUAUUUUAAGGUGAUGGAUUAGUUAGAUAGCUGUUGAUAGUAUAAAGCUAUGUCUUAAAUUCACAAUUGAACAUUGCUUAUAUAUCUUCAAAGUUACCCAUACUCAUACAUGAUGCAAUUUACAUGGAACUCCCAUGGAACCACACUGGCAAAUUAAUAAAUACAUGCGAAUACUAAUUCAAUGCAAACCACAAGCACAUUUCUUUAUCAAUAAUAUUCACCUUGUGACUUCUCUUUUUAUCUACAAAGACCUUGAGUCCAAGUCAGAAACAGCAGGGUAAAAGGAAAUGUGGAAAGUGUAGUCUUAUUGAGUGGUUAAUCAAUGGCAACAUGUUAUGCAUUAACUAACAAUGUCUUACUCACGCAGUGUCUGACGCUAAUGCAUUUUUCUUCUAAAACAAGGAUUCAUUGGUGUCUGUUUACCACAUUCUUACAUGCAAUAGCCUGGUGCCCUGUAUGUAUUUUUCUUUGCUGUCCUGUUUGUUAAAAUAAAUCAAAGGUAGUGUCAGCUGCCGCAACACCUAUUCUUCCUUCCUUAAUGCCUUCUUAACACUCUGUGACACAGCAGACAUAAUCCUCUUACUACACGUAGCAGUACUGUCAUGUGCAAGAAUAGCUGCAUAGCUGUCAAGGGAAGCAGUGCAAUCAUGUAAACAAGUGAAACACGUGGAUCUCUUUCUCUGUCUCUUUUCUUCACCAAUGUACUCCGCCUAAUGAAAAGCUCAGGAGAGUAAGUAAAUACAAGUAGCUUUAUGCAAAUUUCAACAGUACAAGAGCCAAUCAAAUCGCGUGAAAGUUGCCAAAGGCUUUUACAUUCACAGUGUUUUAAAAGUCAGAGUACAGCAGAUAGAUAGAUAGAUAGAUAGAUAGAUAGAUAGAUAGAUAGAUAGAUAGAUAGAUAGAUAGAUAACAUACAAUAUAGAAUAAAAUAAAAUAAAUGCAUCAAUAAACUCAAUACCAUGAUGCCUAAAUGUUUAAAUAGAAAGGUAUAGUAGAUUGUUACACCAUUAACUAUGUAAUAGAUGACAUCACAAGCACAUUCAUAUAUUUUAAUAGAAAAUGUUGUUACUAUAGGCUACGUGGUCCAGUGGUUAAAGCAAAGGGCUUAUAACCAGGAGGUCCCCAGUACAAAUCCCAGCUCAGCCACUGACUCAUUGUGUGACCCAGAGCAAGUCAAUUAACCUCCUUGUGCUCCGUCUUUCGGGUGAGACCUCCACUGUUUUCUAACACACUUUCCCUUGAUAAAAUGAUGUUGAAAAGUUGGUUCUUUUAAACCAAAAUAUGGAACUAAUCCUAUAGAAACACUUGGUAAUAUCAAAAGUGGCAAAAUAAUGUGGCUUUUAAAAUAGUCUUAUGACAUUUUAAAUAUAAUGUGGCAAAAAAAGCAACAGUGAUAAAAAAGAUAACUGAUGUUUUUUGGAUAUUAUGUGGCAUUAUUAUUAAAAAAAUGAAAUGAUAAGGCUGCAGUAGGUUGGCACUUUUUAAAACUCGGCAUAUGAGUAGUGGUGCCAUAUUUUAUUGAUCAUGUUAUUUCUGCCUAAUCUAGACCACAGGUUCUCCCAGUGGCCCAAUGACUCACUUUUGAAAGUAUGCACAUUUUUCUUUAAAUUGAUUAGUUGUUAAAAACUUAUAAAUCAGCAUGCGUGUUUGUAUCUUAGCAGUUACUCUACAAAUGUACACACAUUACAUAAAAACGGAGUACACAUGUGUCAUGUAAACUUUGUGAGAUCUGUAAUCUGCAUUCAGCCAGGGGGUUUCCAUCUCUUUCCAGGUUACUGAUGAUAUGCAUUGACAGGCUAAUGAUAAACAAGUCUGCCAUAAACCUCUGCCUACAAUAUAUCCGACCUUGGGAACAUGGACAAUGCCAUGGGAAUAAAUGCUGUUGUUUGUUUUUUUUUCCUUUGGUUUGAAUUUCAGCAUUGACACCACAGAUCUCGAUAAAUGCAUACUGUAUGUAGAACAACAGACAGCAACAAUUACAAACAUACUCUACAAUAAUGUAAGUGUAUAAUUUUAGGUUGAAUAUGGUGCUGCCUUUCUUAGUGCAGCACAUACAGUAUGGGCUAGAUUCUUGAAAAUAUGUAUUCCAAAUCAUUAUUAUCACUUUUGAGAAACAAUCAGUAAAUUCAAGCCAUUAUAUUAUUACUUUAGCUGUUUUGUUUUGGAUUUGUAAUUGACGUUUUAUAAUUACAGAAAAGGAUUGCACUAGUGACAAUUUGAAGUAAA